AUGGAUGCAAUCAGUUGCCUGGAGAACGACUCCUGGAAGCCCGAUAGUUCAGUGGGCUUCUACCCGUUUCGGUAUGAGCUUUCAGCGGUUGGCUCGCUCCUUUUGAGGGGAAACCGCCUAGUCGUGCCAACAUCUCUGAGAGUAAAAAUACUGGAGUUAGCUCACGAAGGACAUCCCGGCGAGACAGCAAUGAAACGCCGCCUGCGAUCCAAAGUAUGGUGGCCACAAAUAGACAGAGAGGCAGAAAAGUUUGUCAAAGCUUGCAGAGAUUGUUGCCUGGUAUCACAAGACAUCAGGCCACCCCCUAUGGACAGGAAUCCUUUUCCCACUGGCCCUUGGAUUUGGGUAGCGUCGGAUUUACUAGGUCCGCUUCCCAACAAUGAAUAUGUUCUAGUCUUCAUUGACUAUUUCUCACGAUAUAUGGAGCAUAAGUUUCUUAAAACCAUAUCUUCAACGACCCUGGUAGAGGCAAUGAAAGAGAUCUUCUGUGGACUGGGAUAUCCUGAGCACCUACGAACGGAUAAUGGACGCCAAUAUGUUAGAGAGGAGUUUUCUAACUACUGCAAAGCGUGCGGCAUUAAACAAGUUCGAACCCCACCGUAUUGGCCGCAAGCAAACGGGGAAGUUGAAAACAUGAACAGAGCCCUUGUAAAACGCUUAAAAAUAGCAUACGCAAAUGGGAAAAACUACAAAGAGGAAAUCCAAAAAUUCGUUCUUAUGUACAACGUAACCCCACAUGGAACAACAGGGUCUGCGCCCAUAAAGCUGAUGUUCAACAGAGUCAUCCGUGACAAAAUACCGGGCAUUGAGGAUAUCUGCGAGAAUACCUUAGACUCUGGAGAGAGAGAUAAAGAUAUUAUUGAAAAAAAUAAGGGAAAGCAGGCAGCCGACAAAAGAAGAGGGGCAAAGGAAGUCGAUAUAGAAGUAGGCGACAAGGUGCUUUUGAAAAACGUAGUGUUCCCAAACAAACUUACAUCAAACUUCGACAAGACGGAAUUUACGGUUUUAGAACGACACAAUAAUAUUGUGGUGAUCGAAGGGGGUGGUAGAAAACUAACAAGAAAUGCCUCACAUCUUAAGAAAGUUCCUCCUGCCCAACGCCGCAACCAGAUGACAGCUUACCGGAAUCAACACCUACCUCGGAGAACGCAGUACUCCAGGCCACAGAAGGAAGCUUCGGGAUCCAGCCACCCCUGCCGCCAUUAA